GAACUUUGAUUUGUGAAGAUGGAGAUUGCUGCAUGCAGUGAGUAGAAAAUUCUUCCUUAUGUGUAAUGCACGAGGUCAGUGAUGCAGCCUCACCAAUUCAAAGGCCAUGGCUGGUGGCACUCAGUCAACUCCUACUGCAUUCUUCAUGGCACACUGAAUCAGAAUCCACAGAUCUUGGACACCCCACACAGUGAGCACCCGCGGUUCAAGCUGUUUGCUAUUGGACAUUAUAACAAGCAGUUGGCCUGCAAUUUGACCCGGGAAAUGCGCCCAUCAAGUCAAGAUUCUGGAAGUUCUUCGGGAGGAAUUGGCAGAAAUAGAGCCAGUGGGAAGAUCUUGCGUCUGAAAGCAAAGAUGCCUUCUUUUUUUUCUUGCGGCGGCAGCAAAAGUCCUCCUUUCGAAAAGAAGGAUGAUGUUGCUUCCCAACGAAAGCAGAGGGGUUGAUGAUGUUCCAUUAAUACUUCCUUCUUUUCCUCUGAGCGUUUUAGGCUGGUAGUUGAAGUAGAUGUUCAAACAGACUCGAAUUAAGCUUCAAGAGAGUAGACCAGAUCGAGAAAAUACCAGCAAAAUUACGGUUAAUCGAGCAUUAUUUGCGUUCGCGACGGAGCCAACAGUCGCUUUUGGGAGAGGAGAAGGGUACGAGACAUAUCUCGGCGUGUCGGCCCAAUUCUGACCUUAGACCUGCCUCCCUCGCCUCGUGCCGCUGGAUUCGCCGGUUACCCCACGGUUCUUGCUUCCUACGCCUGGUCAACCUCUCUCUCAAGCUUCCUUAUUCCUCCAGUCCCAAGCGUCAUCAACCCACGGAGUAACGCGUUGUUAAAUGCCGUCGAUGACAAAGAAAAGGGAGGAAGUUUUGCUUCCCUUCGGAUACGUAAUCUCCAUAAUGUUGUGUUGGUCCAAUGGCUCCGUAGCAGCGUUCAAUCAGAGACAACGGGGAAGAAGGAAAAGGGCACAUGCAAUAAGAAGAGAAAGCUAGCAGAACAAAGCGGUGUAUACAUCCAUCGAUGCUGCAAUCCCGAAAGCUACCAAAGAAGGGAAGGGGCUCUCGUUAUCAUUGAUGGGCGCUUCCGCAUGAGAAGACCCUCCUUUGCCCUAGUCGCCCUAUUUCCCCGCGUAAAAGACUCGAUUUUGAUGACACACAGGAGAGGUUUCUGGGCGCUGCUCUCGGUGCGCGCAUGCUGCUUCUUCUUGUUCUCCUUCUUGAUUCGAGCUCGACUGGCUUUUUCUCAGAACCAGACUUGCGAGUCCAAGGAUCUCAACGCGUUGCUGGGCUUCGCGAAUGAGCUCGAUCUGGGGUGGGUUCUAAAUGGCUCUUACUCCGGUUGCUGCGACUGGCCUGGAGUGUCCUGUGGUCCUCCGACGAUCAACGGCAGGAGGGUGGUCGGAUUGGAUCUCAGCAGAAAGAGCUUGAGAGGCUCGAUCUCUGAUUCAUUGGCCGGAUUGGAUCAGCUGAAAAGGCUCGACCUUUCUGUGAAUUUUCUGCAAGGUGUGGUUCCCCCGCAGCUGCUCCGAUUACCUCUGUUGGAGUUAAUCAAUCUCAGCACGAACCAGCUCAAAGGAGUGAUUCCAUCGAAUCUGAACCUUCCGGCGAUUCAAGUGUUCAACAUCUCUUACAAUCAAUUCACUGGCAGCCACCCGAUCCUCGUAGGUUCCAGCAAUCUGACAUCCUUCGACCUCACUUCCAACGAUUUCUACGGCCCGAUUGAUGCCGGCAUCUGCAAUUCCUCGGCCAAGAUAAGAAUUCUCCGCUUCUCGGAGAACAGGUUCUACGGCGACCUUCCCAGAGGUCUCAAGAACUGCAGCUCCCUCACCGAGCUCUGGCUCAACAUGAACGACCUCAGUGGAGACUUGCCUGAUGCUUUGUUCGACAUGACAUCCAUGACGCAGUUAUUCCUCCAGGGGAACCAGUUCUCCAGCGAUCUCAGCAAAAACAUGAGUAAUCUUUCCAACCUUGUCGAGAUCGAUCUAUCCCUUAAUAGAUUCUCUGGGUUCAUCCCAGAUGUGUUUGGUAGCCUCGCAAAGCUCGAGUCUUUCUCUGCUCGGUCCAAUAAACUUGUAGGUAAUUUACCUUCUUCCUUGUCGAAAUUGUCAUCGCUCAGAGUGCUGAAUCUGAACAACAACUCCCUUAGUGGUGAAAUCAAUCUCAAUUGCACUGCAAUGCCCAAAUUAAGCACCCUCGAUCUUGGUUCAAAUUCUUUUUCUGGCCCCAUCCCUGACAUGCUUCUCCAAUGUGUGCAACUCAAUACUUUAAAUCUUGCCAAAAACAAUCUUACUGGAGAAAUCCCCCACAGCUUCAAGAACUUCACUUCACUUUCUGAUCUGUCUCUCACUGGUAACCACUUCUCUAACAUAACAUCAGCCUUGCAAAUCCUGCAGUAUUGCCCGAAACUUACUAGUUUGGUCUUGACAAGGAACUUCCAUGGUGGUGAAAUGAUGCCAGUUGAUGGAAUUCAAGGUUUCGAGAAGAUGGAGUUACUUGUCAUUGCAAACUGUGCUCUUACAGGUUCCAUUCCAUCAUGGUUGGCAAACUUGACCCGAUUAAAGGUAUUGGAUAUCUCAUGGAACUGCUUAUCUGGAUCAAUCCCAAUGUGGCUUGGGAACCUUGACAAUCUCUUUUACUUGGAUCUAUCAAAUAAUUCCCUCAGUGGACAGCUUCCUAAUAGCUUGACACAAAUGAAGAGCCUUAUGUCUGGCAGUAAGUCACUGCAAGUUAGCUCAAUGGAGAACUUCCCAUUCUUCAUCAAGAGAAAUUCAAGUAGAAAGGGCUUGCAGUAUAAUCAGGUCAGCAGCUUCCCCCCAUCACUGAUUCUGGGUGAUAAUAUGCUUGUUGGGCAGAUUUUGCCAGGAUUCAGGAACCUUGUAGUUCUCCAUGUGUUGGACUUGAGCUGGAAUAAUCUUUCGGGAAACAUACCUGCAGAGCUGUCGGGCAUGACAAGCUUAGAAAUCUUGGAUUUGUCACACAAUAAUCUCACAGGAGCAAUACCUUCCUCUCUCACCAAUCUUAGUUUCUUGUCAAAAUUUGAUGUGGCAUAUAACAAUUUAGUUGGACAAGUCCCAACUGGAGGCCAAUUUUCAACCUUCUCAAGUUCUGACUUUGAAGGCAACUCCGAGCUUUGUGGCAUUCACUUGUUACCUUGCAAAUCCAAAGAUCUUCUACCAUCAAGAGUCAAAACACAUAAAAGAGCUGCCAGAAUAAGCAUGGCAGCUGGAAUUGGAAUCGGGGCAAGUUUUCUUCUUGGUGUUGUCUACUGGAUUAUAUUAGGACGGCAUUCUGGAAAACACGAAGACAAUCCAAAGGUGGUGGCACAUGCAGAUGAAAGCUCAGAUGCAGCUGGUUGCAGUAUAGUUCUUUUGUUUCACAAGGAUAGCAAGGAGCUAAACAUUGAUGACAUAUUGAAGUCCACCAACAAUUUUAAUCAGGCUUUUAUUGUUGGUUGUGGAGGAUAUGGUCUGGUCUACAAAGCUACGCUGCCUGAUGGAAGGAACAUAGCGAUCAAGCGGCUUUCUGGUGAUUUUUUUCAGGUAGAAAGGGAAUUUCAAGCUGAGGUGGAAACUCUUUCUAGAGCCCAGCAUAGGAAUCUGGUUUCACUGCAAGGAUGUUGCAAGUUCGGCAAUGAUAGACUGUUAAUCUACUCAUACAUGGAGAAUGGAAGCUUGGACUACUGGCUUCAUGAGAAACAUGAAGGAAGCUUGAUGCUGGACUGGGGAAAAAGGCUUCAGAUUGCUCUAGGAGCAGCAAGGGGAUUAGCAUAUUUGCAUGAGUCUUGUGAGCCUCAUAUACUUCACCGUGAUAUCAAAUCGAGUAAUAUCCUUUUAGAUGAAGAAUUUGAAGCUCAUUUGGCAGAUUUUGGGCUUGCUAGACUCAUUUCGCCUUCUGAGACCCAUGUGACAACAGAGUUAGUUGGAACUUUAGGUUACAUCCCUCCGGAGUAUGGACAAUCUCCUGGUGCUACUUUUAAGGGUGAUGUAUAUAGUUUCGGCAUUGUACUCUUGGAACUACUUACCGGUAGGAGGCCUGUCGAUAUGUGCAAACCAAAAGGCAGCAGGGAUGUGGUAUCAUGGGUGCUUCAGAUGAAGAAAGAGAGACGGGAGGCUGAGGUUUUUGAUCCUUGUAUAUAUGAUAAGGAUGACAACAGCCAGAUAUUGAGGAUGCUUGAACUUGCAUGCCUUUGUGUAAGUGAAUCUCCUAAACUGAGACCAUCAACCAAUCAACUAGUUUCAUGGCUUGAAGAGAUCUGUUCAAAUGGCCAAUUGACAAAGUGAGGCAACAUUGCGAUAUGCAAACUGAUGCUUUGUUUCUGCUCCUCCCGAAUGUGCCAAAUGAACUAGAGAUCCAGCGUCUCCGGGGAGUGAUUGUGAGUAUCGUCACAGUGAAGGUGCCAGGAUUAAUCCCAGGGAUUGCUGGUAUUGGUUAAAUGGUAACUGCCUCAAUACAAAAUGUUCAUUCCGCCAUCCGCCACUCGAUUCCCUGUUUGCAAAACCGAU